UUCCACGUGAGUGGCAUUAGACGGUAAGCAUUAGACGGUGGAGCAGUGUCUGCCAGGACAGUGAGGAUUCCAGGGGUCUGCAGGUUGUGAAGUAUGGCCCUGGUGGAGGGUCAGGAGGUGUCCCUGGAAAACACAGAGGGGAGCUGUAAGCCGAUUCCCAGGGGAAAGCCGAAAUCUGGGAGAAUAUGGAAAGAUUCCAACAAAAAAAGGUUCUCUCAAAUGGUGAAAGACCGCCCCCUGCGAACUUCUUGGGAAGUAAAGAUGAAAGAACGCCUGGAAAAAAAAUUGCUUAAGAACUUCUCCCAAAAACUGAAAGAUGACAAGCAGCAUGAGCGAGAUGAAAAAAAGAGACGCCGUGAGGAGAAUCUUAGACGCCGGCUUGAAAAUGAGAGGAAGGCAGAAAUUGUACAAGUGAUUCGAAACCCUGCAAAACUGAAACGUGCUCGGAAGAAGCAGCUGCGUAGCAUUGAGAAGCGAGAUACCUUAAAGAUCUCUAAAUCUUGAAACAUAGAUGAAACGUGACUCUGUCCCCCUAAAAAGAAGUCUUUCCAAAAGGAGAAAGUAUCUUCCAAUUGAGACUUUUUUUUUGCUCUUUGAAACAGAAACCUUCUCAUUAUGAAUGGCGCUGAUGACCUCUCGGAUUGCUUAAAUUUUAAUGGACUAUCGUGUCGUGUUGAUUUGAGCUCUAUUUGUUUUCUAACUUUGUCUUUGAGUUGCUGUAAAAUAAAUGAGAAAAUUAAACAACUUGAGCACAUGGAAAA